AUGUGUACCGGCGUCGCCAUCGCAGCCUUGAAUGCCAGUAGCCCCGCGACCCCGUCCCCCAUCGGGCAAGAAUCGUCCUCGGUUUGGAUCGCCACGCUGGAGAUUUGGGUCGGGACCCUCCUAUACGGUGCCUAUUGUGUGCUCUUCGCGCGCGCCACACAGAUUCUCCUCCGCCGCAUCCAAAUUUUCGAACGUCAGGCGCCGCUCUUUCUCGCCAUUGCCGUGCUCUUUCUGCUCUCCACGGCCCAGACGUUCGUCCUCACGGUGAAGGCCGCCGUCGUCACCAAUGGGCUCCCGCCGAUGCCGCUGGCGCCGGUGAAUGCUGCGUCGUUGCUCGUAUAUGUCAGCAGCUGCCUCUGCUCCGACGCGUUGCUGAUAUAUCGCUGUCUCGUCAUUUGGGAUAGCAAAUACCUCGUCGUCACACCCUCAGUCGUGCUGCUUAUAUGCUCCACCUUCUUCGGAUACAUGCAGCAUCUCCGUACAUUCCAGAUCCUCUCUCUGACGACGGCGAUCAGCGUCACGCUGCUCACCCUGGGCCGCGUGAUCUGGGCGGGGUACCGGCGCCGUGCCCUGCUCGACACUGCGCUGCGGAGACGAUACGUCGGGGCCGGCGCUGCCAUUCUGGAGUCCGGCGCCGUGUACGCCGUAUCCGUAUCGAUCCAUUUCGCCUUCUUCACGGCGCGCUCCCGCGCGGGACCGGUGGUUUUUGCGGCUGUGGCGCAGAUCGUGGGUAUUGCGCCGACGUUGAUUGUUGUGCGGGCGGGGCUACCGCCGGCGCCGGGCGUGGCGCCAGUCUCCCGCGUUGACCUUAGGAGUCUGCCACCGAAGAGGUCGACUUCGACGGUGGAAAGUGGGGGUCUGGCGACCCCGGUGUGA